CAUGAAGCGGCCGGCGCGCCAUACGAACGACGACGGGUCGCGCACUACGAGUAGGGCGCUGGUCGGCUCCGAAACCCCGAAGAAGAAGAAGAGAAAGAUCGCGGGAAGAAGGUGGCAGUGGGCUCAACCGACGACCGAGGCCGCAGCGACUUGUGACUUGACUUAGCGAACAGGAGGAUCCCUGCGAGCGGAGGGCGCCCGAACAGUGAGGAUACGCGAGGAAGAACUCGAGUCCCGCAGAGCACGAGAAGAACCGGACGACCUCGUCGAAACCGGAGACAGAGAGAAAGAAGAUGUCGUCUUCAGCGAUUGCUAAGAGCUCCAAGUACACAUACCGCUCAACGGGCGGUGCGGGCACUACCGAUGUUAACAUCGAAUAUAGCGCCGACCUGAGCGCUCUCAGCAGACUCGAGGACAAAAUCCGCCUACUGCAGGAUGACCUGGAGUCUGAGAGGGAGCUGCGUCAGAGGAUCGAACGCGAACGCGCCGACUUGAGCGUGCAAGUCAUCCAGCUGUCUGAACGUCUCGAAGAGGCCGAAGGCGGCGCCGAAUCUCAAUUCGAGAUCAACAAGAAGAGGGACAUGGAACUGGCCAAGCUGCGCAAACUACUCGAAGAUGUCCAUCUCGAGAGCGAGGAGACCGCACAUCUCCUGCGUAAGAAGCACCAAGAGGUUGUCGUUGACUUCCAGGAUCAGAUCGACCAGCUUUCGAAAGCACGCGCCAGGGCUGACAAGGAAAAGUCCAAAUUCCAGCAGGAAGUGUAUGAACUCCUCGCUCAACUCGACAAUGUCAGUAAGGAGAAGUUGAUGUCGAUAAAGACGGUAGAGAAACUAGAGAUCCAUGUAUCCGAGCUGAACGUCAAGAUCGAAGAGCUUAAUCGCACGAUUGUCGACAUCACCAGCCAUAAAACUCGGCUGUCUCAAGAGAAUAUCGAGUUGGUCAAGGAAGUGCAAGAUCUCAAGGUGAACAUUGAGAACAUCACCUACCUGAAAACGCAAAUCGUGGGUCAACUCGAAGAUGCCCGCCGUCGUCUCGAAGACGAGGAACGUCGUCGGUCGUUGAUCGAAGCUUCGUUGCAUCAGGUCGAAGUGGAGUUGGAGUCUGUCCGCGUUCAGCUGGAAGAAGAAUCUGAAGCGCGCUUGGAUAUCGAACGUCAAUUGGUCAAAGCCAAUGGAGAAGUCUCAGUAUGGAGGUCGAAAUACGAGACCGAGGCCAACGCUCGCGCCGAAGAGGUAGAAGAACUUCGUCGCAAAUACUCUGCUCGCAUCCAAGAACAGGAAGAACAAAUCGAGACUUUGCUCGUGAAGAUCAACAACCUCGAGAAACAGAAGUCACGCCUACAAUCCGAAGUGGAGGUUCUGAUCAUCGACUUGGAGAAGGCCAAUGCAACUGCACGCGAGCUACAGAAACGCGUGGAGCACCUCGAGAAGAUCAAUAUAGAAUUGAAGGCCCGCUUGGAUGAGACUAUGGCCAUGUACGAGCAAAGCCAGCGCGACCUCCGCAAUAAGCAACAAGAACUGCAACGCACGAACGCCGAACUCGACAAGACUCGCGAAAUGAAAGAUCAAUUGGCACGUGAGAACAAGAAACUCGGAGAUGAUCUCAGCGAUGCGAAGAAUCAGUUAGCCGACAUGAACCGCAGACUCCAUGAAUUGGAGCUGGAACUUCGCCGGUUAGAGAACGAACGUGAAGAAUUGGCCGCCGCCUACAAGGAAGCUGAAGCAGGACGCAAGAUCGAGGAGCAACGUUCUCAGAGAUUGUCAGCCGAAUUGAGUCAACUACGUCACGAGUACGAACGCCGCAUUGCUGAGAAGGACGAAGAAAUCGAAGCUAUUCGCAAACAGACCAGCAUCGAGAUCGAGCAGCUGAACGCUCGUGUGGUGGAGGCCGAGACGAAGCUGAAGACCGAGGUACAGCGUAUAAAGAAGAAGCUGCAGAUCCAAAUCACCGAACUCGAACUGUCCUUGGACGUUGCCAACAAAAACAACAUCGAUCUGCAGAAGACCAUUAAGAAGCAAUCGCUCACUCUGACUGAACUGCAAGCCCACUACGACGAAGUGCAACGUCAAUUGCAGGUAACCCUAGACCAACUGGGCAUCAGUCAACGUCGUCUCCAAUCGUUGACAUCCGAGCUCGAGGAAAUCCGCGGCAAUUACGAAUCCGCUCUGCGCGCGAAGAGGAUCGUCGAGCAACAAUACGAGGAGUCGGUUAGUCGCAUCAAUGAGCUGACCACCAUCAACGUGAACAUCGCUUCAUCGAGAGCUAAAAUCGAGCAGGAACUGGCAACCCUGGCUGGAGAUUACGAAGAGGUCACCAAAGAGCUGAGAGUCAGCGACGAGAGAUAUCAGCGAGUGCAAACCGAGCUCAAGCACACCGUCGAGAUCCUCCACGAGGAACAGGAACGUAUCGUCAAGAUCGAAGCUAUCAAGAAGUCGCUAGAGAUUGAAGUAAAGAACUUGUCCGUGAGACUGGAGGAGGUCGAGGCCAAUGCUAUCGUAGGCGGCAAACGCAUCAUCAGCAAGCUCGAGGCCAGGAUUCGCGACCUGGAGCUUGAGCUGGACGAAGAGAAGCGCCGACAUGCCGAGACCGUGAAGAUCCUGCGCAAGAAGGAACGCAACAUCAAGGAGGUGAUGAUCCAAGUGGAGGAGGACUCAAAGAACAUCACCCUGCUGCAGGAGGCGCUUGACAAGGCCUCCCAGAAGGUCUCCAUCUACAAGAGACAAUUGCAGGAACAAGAGGGCAUGUCUCAGCAGAGCGUCACCAGAGUCCGCCGAUUCCAAAGGGAGCUCGAGGCUGCGGAGGAUCGCGCCGACACGGCUGAGAGCAACCUGACCCUGAUCCGCGCCAAACACCGCAGCUUCGUCACCACCUCGACCGUGCCCGGUUCCCAGGUGUACCUCGUCCAGGAGACGAGGCAGGACCUGUAAAAACACCACCGCCGUCACCGCCACAACACCUUACCCUUUGCCACCACGCGAACGCCGCGUCGCCGUCUUCGCAAACGUGAUACGAGGACCAUGCGUACAAAAUAUGUGACUUUAAGAUAAUUCAAAAUUCCCCGUAUCGGUAGUUGAUACUAUCGCAAAGCAGGAUUUCUCCUGAGACGGCUGCACGAAAUUGACAAACGAGAAAAGAGAACAGGAUAAUAACAUUUUUUUUUCAUUUUUAAGAAAGGAAACGUAAAAGUUUAAUUCGGGCCUAAAUUUUUGGCGUCACAUCACGAUUGAAAAUAAAGAAAGACGCGACUUAUGAAUUAUCAUAAAGAGCCGAGGUAGACAGGGAGAGUUUCCAACGGGCCACAUGGCGUAUCAUUCUUGAGGGGUUCAAUCGGAGCAACCAGAAUACGAACAUAUUAAACCAAUUAAACGAUGUGCAGCGUCAGCUGUCACCUAACGACCCGUCGUAAAUUCGAAAUCACUUGGCCAACGAGACGCGAUACGUCGCAACGAGAACAUUUCAAAGGAAAGGGAAAUCAACGCUCAUUAUUUUUGAGAGAUUAGCGCGUGGAACAUCGGAAAACGCCGAGAUUGAGAAUCGAUCAAACAUCGCGCCCUACGAGUAAGCAGCAAAUCAGAUCCUCUCGUCCCAAUUAUGUGACUGUAAUCGAGCGUGAGGGCAGAAAAAACGCGCAGAGUGAGGAACGCGAGAAAUCGGGCAAUGGCAUCUCAGCGCCUAGCUAUAUUCGCGCGUGUCGCAAUUGUAUUUAAAUGGAUAACUUUAAUUCUAUUCUAUUACUAUAUAGAUAGGUAACUAUUGCCCAUAUACACAACUCUCACUGUACGACAUACACAAUAACCUGUGUCAACAUUAAUUUAAUAAAUAAACUGAAACGCGUACGUACGAA